AUGGCCACCGGCUUCCUACGCGUGAAGGGCGAUACUAUCGUCGAUGGGAAUGGAGAGGGGGUUGUGAUGCGAGGAGCUGCUCUUGGAGGAUGGAUGAAUAUGGAGAAUUUCAUCACAGGCUUCGCAGGCCACGAAGCCCAGCACCGCGCCGCCAUGCGCCGAGUCCUAGGACAAGAGAAAUACGAAUUUUUCUUCGACAAAUGGCUCGAGUACUUCUUCACUGAGGCGGAUGCCAAAUUCUUCGCCGAGCUAGGACUGAACUGUCUACGUCUGCCUUUCAACUACCGGCACUUCGAGGACGAUAUGAAUCCCCGCGUGCUAAAGGAAUCUGGCUUCAAGCAUUUGGACCGAGUCGUCGACCUGUGCGCAGCACACGGGAUCUAUACCAUCCUAGACAUGCAUGCCGUCCCUGGCGGUCAGAAUCCAGACUGGCACUCCGACAAUCCUACCAGCUAUGCCGCUUUCUGGGAUUACAAGGACCACCAAGACCGGACUAUCUGGCUCUGGGAGCAGAUCGCCGCCAGGUACAAAAGCAAUCCUUGGGUUGCUGGAUACAACCCCCUCAACGAACCUUGCGAUCCUGAGCAUGUUCGGCUCCCCGCAUUCUAUGCUCGUGUCGAAAAGGCAAUUCGCAAGAUCGACCCGGACCAUAUCCUGUGGCUAGACGGGAACACGUUUGCGAUGGAGUGGAAGGGCUUUGACGAGGUGUUGCCAAACAGCGUGUAUGCCAUGCAUGAUUACUCGUCAAUGGGUUUCCCCACCGGCGAUCGCUACAAAGGCACAGCCGAACAAAAAGAGCGACUUGAACGCGGGUACCUGCGCAAAGCGCAGUUCAUGAGCGAGAACAAGACCCCCCGUCUGGAACGGGGAGUAUUCGACGUUGAUGCUGAGACUGUUAACCAGGAGCGGUACAACCUCCUUGGCGAUCAGCUGCGUAUCUACGACAAGUACAACAUCAGCUGGUCGAUCUGGCUCUACAAGGACAUUGGUCUGCAGGGUAUGAUCUAUACGGAUCCCGAGAGCAAGUGGAACAAGACGCUCAAGCCUUUCUUGGAGAAGAAGAGGGACCUCUGGCUGGAUAAAUGGGGCCGUCGGCCUAAGUCCGAACCUGAGGAAGCUGUGAAGCCUUUGCUUGAAUGGAUUGACCGCGUUAGUCCAACUGCGAAGAAUACUUAUCCCACGUCGUGGAAUACAGAACUACAUGUCAUGCGGAAUGUGUUUUAUACUUUCUUGGCGGCAUCGUUUGUGGAUGAAUUUGCUGAACUAUUCCGAGGAAGCAGUGAGAAGGACCUGGAAGAGUUGGCUAGGAGUUUCCAUUUUGACGGUUGCGUGCAGCGAGAGGGCUUGAAUCGUAUACUCAAGGACCACGCACAUUCGUCUCAUUGA